GACCCGGAACUUGAUGUUGCAUAGCGCUGUCUGUCAUAGAGGAGCUCCCUGCAGAAAUCCUUCUACUUUUAGUUUUCUAUGUUUGAAUCUGAAGUCCAAGCUCCUUGGACUUCAGUAAAGUUACAGUAGAGGGAACUCAAUAUUAUUCUGCGUACAUGUCCACCUUGGCGAGAGCAAUGUCAAAGUUUCGGCUUGCCGUGAUCCAGUUACAUGUAACGAACGUAAAGCGAGAUAACCUGUCGAAGGCGAAGAGUCUGAUAAAAGAAGCUGCGGGUCAGGGGAGCAAGCUGGUGGUUCUGCCGGAAUGCUUCAACUCUCCGUACGGAACUGGCUUCUUCCGGGAGUAUGCCGAGAAGAUUCCCGGCGAGUCCACCAAGAUGCUGUCUGAAGCAGCCAAGGAGAACGAGGUCUAUCUGAUCGGAGGAUCCAUUCCAGAGGAGGACGGAGGUAAGCUAUACAACACCUGUCCCGUGUUCGGUCCCGAUGGCACCCUGUUGAUGACACACAGAAAGAUCCACCUGUUUGACAUUGACGUUCCGGGGAAGAUCCGCUUCCAGGAGUCUGAGACGCUGAGUCCAGGCAGCGCUUUCUCCGUCUUUGAAACACCAUUCUGUAAGGUGGGUGUCGGCAUCUGUUAUGACAUCAGGUUUGCGGAACUGGCCCAGCUUUACAGCAAGAUGGGCUGUGGGCUGCUGGUGUACCCAGGGGCCUUCAACAUGACCACGGGCCCCGCCCACUGGGAGCUGCUGCAGAGGGCCAGAGCCCUCGACAACCAGCUGUACGUGGCCACAGCCUCGCCUGCCAGAGACGAGACGUCCUCCUACGUAGCUUGGGGCCACAGCACUGUUGUCAACCCCUGGGGAGAGGUGAUCUCUACUACUGGAUCAGAGGAGGCGGUGGUCUACGCUGAUAUUGACUUGCAAUAUAUGGCGGAAGUCCGACGGCAGAUCCCAGUGACGGUGCAGAAACGUGACGAUCUCUACGCGGUGAACCCCGUUACGGAGCGCUGAAGCUCCCGGGGCUCCGCAAAGAGAAACGCUCGCUGGACAACGUCCAGGAUACACAAUUAUGACGUCAAUGAUGCUGAGGAUGAGCACCAGAUGAACUCAAUGUCCAGGUGUACAGCAACGUUUGGACUCCACCUAAAGUUUGAUCCUACUGUGAUUUUUUUCAAUACCUUGACAGAAAUGUCAAUAUUUAAAUGUGUUGAAUUGUGAUUCUCUAAAGAUACAGACACACAUUUCCAAUAUGCUAUCGGUAAUGAUGCUAACUACAGAUUUAUUUGUGUAAAUUCA